AUGUGCUACGAGCACAACAGCAACAACAUCCCUACCUACAACAAGUGCAGCUCAAUCUACAACCCUGAAGUUACAACAAACUCACCUACAACUGCAACUCAGCUUACAACUACAACACCUCCUACAGAAACAACAACACAAUUUACAUCUACGGCAGAACCAAAAACCACAACUGUUUUAACAUCUAAAACAGAACAAUCAACUACAUCUGAACAAAGCACAACAACACAGACAGCAACAACAUCCCUACCUACAACAAGUGCAGCUCAAUCUACAACCCUGGUUACAACAAACUCACCUACAACUACAUCUCAGCUUACAACUACAGCCCUUCCUACAGAAACAACAACACAACUUACAUAUACAGCUGAACCAACAACCACAACUGUUUUAACAUCUACGGCAGAACCAACAACCACAACUAUUUUAACAUCUACAACAGACCAAUCAACUACAUCUGAACAAAGCACCACAACACAGACAGCAACAACAUCCCUACCUACAACAAGUACAGCUCAGUCUACAACCCUGGUUACAACAAACUCUCCUACAACUACAUCUAAGUUUACAACUACAGCCCCUCCUACAGAAACAACAACACAAUUUACAUCUAUAGCUGAACCAACAACCACAACUGUUUUAACAUCUACAACUGAACCAACAACCACAACUGCUUCAAAAUCUACAACAGAACAAUCAACCACAUCUGAACAAAGCACCACAACACAGACAGCAACAACAUCCCUACCUACAACAAAUACAGCUCAAUCUACAACUGUGGUUACAACAAACAUUGUUACAUCAAGUCCAAUUACACAAACGACACAAUUCUGCACAAAAGUGACACAACAGCUGAUACAAUACUGCUCAGCAACAACUGAAACUCUGCUUACAACCACUGCCAAACCGACACAAACACCUGAAUCAACAAACUCACCUACAACUGCAACAACUGAAUCUACGACUGUUAGAGUAAACACAGCUACAACUACAUCUCAGCUUACAACUACAGCCCCUCCUACAGAAACAACAACACAACUUACAUCUACAGCUGAACCAACAACCACAACUCUUUUAACAUCUACAGAUGAACCAACAACUACAACUCUUUUAACAUCUACAACAGAACAAUCAACUACAUCUGAACAAAGCACCACAACACAGACAGCAACAACAUCCCUACCUACAACAAGUACAGCUCAGUCUACAACCCUGGUUACAACAAACUCACCUACAACUCACAACAACACAGACAGCAACAACAUCCCUACCUACAACAAGUACAGUUCAAUCUACAACCCUGGUUUCAACAAACUCACCUACAACUACAUCUCAGCUUACAACUACAGCCCCUCCUACAGAAACAACAACACAAUUUACAUCUACGGCUGA